CGGGCCCACAGUCUCGUCAACCGUAUUCACUCGGGCCAUCGCGGAAAGCUCACUACUACUCACGCUACACAAUGCUGCAGUAGGAAGCACCUCGCCCAAGGCAAGUAAGAGACCCUUCGUCUCUCCGUUUCGUUGUCACGACAUCAUUCAACUACUCCAUUGAGCAUUGCACGCCAUGGCCGAGCAGCAAGUCGCCCGGAUCAUCGUCGAAAGCCUUGUCCAGGCCAAUGUGAAGGUCGUUUUUGGAAUCCCUGGAGCCAAAGUCGAUGCCAUAUUCGACACCUUAUCAGAUCAUCCCGAAAUCAAGUUGGUCGUCUGCAGGCAUGAACAGAACGCUGCCUUCAUGGCGGCCGCUGUGGGCCGCAUCACGGGCAAUCCAGGUGUUUGCAUCGCGACCUCAGGGCCCGGAGCAGGCAAUCUGACUACAGGGCUGGUAACGGCAACGACGGAGGGUGACCCAGUUGUAGCCAUUGUCGGCAGUGUUCCUCGUCUGCUGAGCACCAAGCACACACAUCAGAGCAUGAAAGCCCUCGACAUUCUGCGUCCAACUGCGAAGUCAGCUACCAACAUCGACGUGGAAGAUCAGGCCGCAGAGGUAAUUCUAGCGGCGUUCCGGGCUGCCAAUGCCAAUCCAAAAGGAAGUGCAGUGGUAUCUCUACCUAUGGAUGUUGCGGCAGGCAAGAGCAAGAUUACUGCCUUCCCAAGUUCGGCAUUCAAGUCUCCACCUCUUGGCCCAGCGCCGACUGCCAAUGUACAGACUGUCGCGAAGAUGAUAGAUGAGGCUAAGCUACCAGUUCUCUUCCUUGGUCAAAGAGCAGCCAGUACCAUUGUCGUGGGUGCAGUUCGCCAAUUCCUCCAAAAGCAUCCGAUCGCGGUCGUCGAAACUUUCCAGGCAGCGGGAGCUGUUUCAGCAGACCUUGCUGAUGAUGUAUAUUUUGGACGCGUUGGACUGUUCAGAAAUCAAACAGGGGAUAGAGUCCUUGCCCGGUCGGACCUCAUCUUAUGUUUGGGCUACGACCCGACUGAAUAUGACGCGAGCUCCUGGAAUCCGAAGUCCAACUUACGUAUCAUACAUGUGGACUACACAUCCUGCGACUACGGCGCGUACUAUCACCCUGAAAUAGAGCUACUCGGCUCUGUGAAAGAGAACAUCCUGGCCCUUGGCGACACGGUCAAGCACGUGGCGAAUCCAGCACAAGAUGAAUUCUGCAAGUCCCUGACUCGGGAGCUACGAUCCUGGCAGCACGACAUUGAGAACUUUAAAAGUGACACUGGACUGGUUCAUCCACUUCAAUUCGUCGCCGCACUGCAAAAGCGAGUCUCGAAGGAGACAACCGUCUGCGUGGACGUUGGCACAGUCUACAUCUACAUGAUGCGCUACUUCUUCGCAUACGAGCCUAGAAAGCUGCUCUGCAGUAACGGACAGCAAACAUUAGGAGUAGGAAUGCCCUGGGCGAUAGCUUCCUCGCUUGUCCAAGAUCCGCCUUGUUCGCAGAAGGUGGUUUCUGUCAGUGGUGAUGGAGGCUUUAUGUUUUCGUCACAGGAACUUUCGACAGCAGUGCUGCAGGGGUGCAACAUCACUCACUUCAUCUGGAAUGAUGAAGCUUACAACAUGGUCGAAUUUCAAGAAGUGAUGAAGUAUAAUCGCAGCUCAGGCAUCAAGUUGGGCGGCAUCGACUUUGUCAAAUAUGCUGAAGCAUUUGGAGGCAAAGGCUUCCGUAUACAUGACUCCUCCGAGAUUGAGAGUGUCAUGGACCAAGCACUUGCACACAAUGGACUUUCUUUGGUGGACGUUCGGAUCGACUACUCUGGCGCCAAGGAUCUUGCGGCCGGACUCAUUCAGGACUCAGUCGGCUGAUAUUGAUAUUCCGAUACGCAGAGAAACAAUUGCUUGGGGUGCAGAAUAAAAGCGAGGCACUGAAGUAGUGCAUGGUAUAGAGUCUCUGUUGCUCGACAGAGUUAGGUCAUCACAAAAUCCAAUCCCUUCAUAAUCAACCCUCCACUUCUU